GAGAGAUGAGAAGAAAAUAAAGAGAGAAAGAAACAUAUAUGCGUAACCCAUUCUCUCUCUCUCUCUCUCUCUCACGUUGUUCUUCUUGAUCCGAAGCUGUCUCUCCAAGACUCUCUCUCUCUCUCUUGUUCUGUUUCAUGCAAGAUUCAAAGACAUUACAGAAGAAAAGAAAACCUUGGUACCAGAGAGCAAUGGAGAUGGCGACGCUAUGGCGAAUUUCCAUCCCCAAAUUCGAAUCCCCAGACAUUCCAACUCCAACGAACCCUAGCAACAAGACAAGGCAUCGCCAUCAGCAGCAGCUUAGGAAAUGCACGUCGCUGAAAGUGGCGGCGUCGUUCACUAGGGUUUGCCUCUGCGCUCCGAUCUCCCCGUACGACGACGUUUUCCGGUCGUACGCGCCGCCGCGUCGGAGCUCGAGUUAUCCGCCGUCGAAGCCGAUACAGGCGGCGGGGACGAGGAGCGGGAGGCUGAGCGCGGACACCGGGAGGAGAAUAUUCCGGGGGAAAUCGUUGACGGAGAACGCGUUGAUGAGGAGAUUCGUGGUGGAGGAAGAGGCGAUGAUGCAAAUCCGGCGAAGAAAUAUGGUGGAGGUCGUUAGGAGAAGGAAUCAGAUGAGGAGGAAUAAGCUCGGGCCCAGCCCUCUUUCUCGCAUGGUUCUCGCUGAAGAUCUCGAGGUCCAUCAAUGGUGAUUUUUAUUAUUAACACACCAAA